AUGUCUAAUUUGACUUCUGCAUCUGGUGAAGCUAGUGCUACUACCAGUUAUCCUCAACAAUAUUUUUCUCCUUCACAAACUCAAACUCAUGACGAGACUCCGGCGAAGAAAAGGAGAAACCCUCCUGGCAAGCCAGACCUGGAAGCUGAAGUUAUAGCUUUAUCACCGAAGACACUUAUGGCGACAAAUAGAUUCAUAUGUGAGAUCUGCAACAAAGGAUUUCAAAGAGAUCAGAAUCUUCAACUUCAUAAAAGAGGACACAAUUUACCAUGGAAGUUGAAGCAAAGAACGGGGAAUGAGAUGAUAAGGAAGAAAGUAUAUGUAUGUCCAGAACCAACUUGUGUGCACCAUGAACCAUCAAGAGCCUUAGGGGAUUUAACUGGUAUAAAAAAGCACUUUUGCAGAAAGCACGGUGAGAAAAAGUGGAAAUGUGAUAAGUGCUCUAAGAAGUAUGCUGUUCAAUCAGAUUGGAAAGCUCACUCCAAAACCUGUGGUACAAGGGAAUAUAGAUGUGACUGUGGAACCCUCUUCACAAGGAGGGACAGUUUCAUAACUCACAGAGCCUUCUGUGAUGCAUUAGCAGAAGAGAGUUCAAGAGCUGUAAUUCAUCAACCAAGCUCUCACAACAUGAUCAAUCACCAAACUCAAGAAAUACAAGGUUUCACAUUAAAGAAAGAGCAUCAAAAUUUCAGUUUUCUAAAGCCAGAAAUUCAAACACCAUCAUGGCUUGAAUUAGAACAAGAUCUAAACCUUCAUGAAAACCCUAACCCUAGAAAUGGUCCUACUACACUUCCAUCCUACCAACCAUCUUCUGCAGUUUCACCUCACAUGUCAGCUACAGCAUUGUUACAGAAAGCAGCUCAGAUGGGUUCAACCAGCUCAUCCCAACAACAAUCCAUGAUCAUGAUAAGUGGGACCCACCAACACGGUCACGUGUCUCUUGAUGACUCUUCCACCAACAGCAACAUGUUAAACUCAAAUGGUCAUUUUGGUUUGAAUUUGUCCUCAUGUGAAAACCAAAUGAUUAACAACUCUUUCUCUUCUUCUGGCUUUCAUGGAACAACAACCACCAUGGAUGACCGUGGCGCCGUUACCGUCGCCGGAGGAAAUGAUGCAUUUACAAGAGAUUUCUUGGGUUUAAGACCUUUAUCUGAUAGUGAUAUUCUCAGUAUUACUGGUAUGGGAAACUGCAUGGACUCUUCAAAUUCCCAUAAUCAACCAAACCAAACUCAAAAACCAUGGCAAGGUAAUUAG